AUGCAGCUCCGAGUCCUAGAACUUGGUGCUUUAGCCAAUCUUGCCGUCUUGGUAAGCGGGUUGAAUAUGGGUCGACAUGGGCUUCAGGUUCGCGACGAGGUUGCUUCUUCCUCGGCAACUCCUGCUUCCCCGGAAAUCUCUUCGUUGGCAAUCUCUUCAUCUUCGGCUGAGUGGAAGGACAUGCAAUGUUCCCAGAUCAGUGGAGAUCCUGCAGAUCAAUGGAAACAAGCAGGCGUAGAAGCUGCCUGGGAUACUACCAUUGCAUCCUGGAAGGAACAGGGAACUCCUGAUGCAGGUGGCUUCCCCCUGUUUGUCAGCAGCUUUAUCCACGGGCCUCAAGGCAUGAGAUGCGGCGACAUUGGAACUGAGAACCGUUGCUCCCAGCCUGUGGAGUGCGCGGAUGCCACUAUCCCAGCUGGUGCUCUGAUCCUGAACGGAUUUACAGGUAUCCAUCAACUCCACGCAUCGAUAUUCCAGGCUAUCGGACUUGCCCAAGACGGCGUGACGAACAAUGUUGGCACCUUCACAUCUGCAUUCGCCCCUCAACCAAAAGAUAAUGGGGCUAUGAUCAAGAUGAUUAUCGAUGCUACAAUGUUGGUUGUUACCUUUGGCACAUCUGUCUUAUAUAACGUCGUCCUUCAGAACGUAGCCAAUUUAAUUGGUAAAGCUAUUGCCGCUGAAAUGACAGGUGCUGUCCUCUCUACCGCUGUGACCUACUAUAAGACGAAUAUGAAAGGAGCGAUAGAGGGACUUAAGGUCCAGAACACCAUGGAUUCUUUUGUAGGCGUGGUUAUGAAAUCCUGGCAGAGAUUAGAGUCAUCUUAUCUUGAGUCAAUAUUUUCUGGAAACUCUGAUACUAUCGAAGGUCUCUAUGCCACAAUUAACAAUGGUACUAUAGCUGCAGCUAUGGAUAAGCUUAACCUCGUCGACACGAGUGACGAGGUGGAAAAGCUCCUAUACGGUCAGAUGAUCGCGUACGCAUGGAGUAUCUCUCCGGAUAAUGCGCAUCCUUUUAUCUGGCGGAGCGAAAUCUACUGCGACGAAAACACCACGCCUAUCGAUAAAGGUGCCUUCGUUGAACAGACGUCAUUGAGCAAGAUCUAUGUGUGCCAUCAAAACAAGAUGCAUUUGCUAGUGAAUGCUCACCAAAAGAAAGGGACCGGUUUCUCUUCUACCGUCCUUCCAGGUGGCGAGCAUGAUACUCUGAAUGGAAAGGACUACGGUGGAAUUACGAUUGACGAUAUCGUUAUCAGCAGCGUGGACGGAUGGAUCAAUCAUAAUCAACAGAAUGGGUAUCCGAAGGCUGAUGCUGAAAGUAUCGUGGCUAGCUUUGGCGGGGAUAAUGUCCCUUCCGUCCGGACUCCUGGAUUCUUCAAUUUGCCAAUUUGUCUCAAUGUUGCAAAGGCCGAGGACAACAUAAGAUAUGGUUGGGAUAAAAGUUCACCCUACUGGCCCUGUGAAAACCCUGAGGGAUACACCAGCAGUGGUACUAAUAUUCAUAUUGAUAAGGGCUGCAUUUUGGUCAAUGAUUCAAAGGUUUGCCAUACUGGAACUGGAGCCUAUAACGUUCCGGAUCCAAAUCAGGACGACAGCAGCGCGACUAUAUAUGCCAUGUUCGAGGGUAAAGGCGCAAAGCUUAUGGAUAAAGAGAAACCUCAGUGCAAGCUCACGGUAUCCUGGCCUCGCGCAUGGGGUGAUUUGGACUUCACUGAGGAAAACUGUCUCCAGAAUCGCUCCCCGCCAGAUUCCUCAGAGUUUUGGAAAAAGUGCUGCAGCGAUUUCCCGGAGAAUACUGAUCUUGUCGACAACCCAUACGGCCCUUCAUGA